CCCGUCAGGAACGCCCCGGCCGACAUAGAAGGAAAAUUGUUUGCUGAAUUUCUGCACAGCCCUCCUUCCAAUUGCUGCAGAGAGAGGGGGAGUGGGAAAGAGAGAGAGUUUAAGGCAGGCUCUGCACUGGUGUUCUGGGCUAUUUCAACUUCAGGGCAACUUUAGAGAACUUCAGUUAUUUUUGGUUCUGGACGACAGCUGGGACCGGCUGAGCCACCAGGAGAUGCUGAUGCUGCUGCAGAUGCAGAGGAUGAAGAUUCUGUUAAUGAAGUGGCAGUAGAAGACAUUCGUCCAAGGCCACAAGGAUCCUCUCCAGUUUAUGAGUAUCCUGUUGAAGAAGACUAUUUAAAGCUUCAAGAAGAAAACAAAAGACAUUCUACAGACAAAUCAAAACAGAGUCAUCCACAGGAGACAAUGGAAGUGACCCUGAAAACAGAAGUGGAAGCUGGUGCUAGUGGUUUUAGUGUGAAAGGUGGAGGAAAUGAAGGAAUAUUUGUUAAAAGAGUACUUAAGGAAUCUCCUGCUUCAAAAAUAUUUAGUCUAAGAGAAGGUGAUCAGCUUCUAAGUGCUACAAUAUUUUUUGAUAAUAUCAAAUAUGAAGAUGCACUGAAGAUUCUCCAAUAUUCUGAGCCAUACAGAGUCCAAUUCAGCCUCAAAAGAAAAAUUGCUGUGCAAGAAGAUCUAGAACACUCUACAGCCCACCACAAAAAGGAAAGGAUAGGCCAGGUAGAUAUCUGA